UUCUAGUACAGUGGGUGGAGAGCGCCGGUAGAGGCUGUGGUCGCAUAGCAUUUUCUCGGGUAACUCGAAGCUGGUGGGGGAGGCAGAUCCCUCUUGCAGACGUACUACUGCCAGAAAUAUCCGUUUUUUUCCAAAGUCGUUGCUUUAGUGGAAUGUUUCUUUAUGGUAUUCUGUAACUUCAGUCGUCGGAGCGAGUUUUCAGUGGAAAAAAGUCAAACUUUAUCAUAAGUUCAGUUGGAACCACGGCACCAGGAAUACAACCUUGUGCGAGCCAAAUUUCUUAUCAAGUAAAGUUUUGUGAGGAUCCUGUUUUUUUUCGAUUAAUACGUUUUCCUGGCAUAUUGUUGUAUUUCCCAAGUGCCUUCCAUUGCAUAGUAGCCGACUGUGAAAUAUAAUUGCACGAUUUUCUUCAUAAACGUCUUGCCUAUUUUGUUUACUGUUGUGAUGUCAUCAGAUAUUUGCUGCAGCAUCCAUUGACUGAUGAGGCAGACACAUGGAAGGGUAGGACGUUUGAAUAACAGGCAUACAACAGGCAUUGCUCUUCCAUUCUGACCUGUCACCUUGUGUUUUUGUUGACACUGCAAAAAUGAAGUGGACACUACAUUUGAGCCUUCUGUUGAUUUUGUUGGUAUGGAAUGCAGGAGCUAAUGACAGAAGAGUCCACAGAAGAAUGCUUAGCCGAACACCCCUCCAGGGGGUGACCUUUACCAAACAACAGACCUCACAACACAUUGUGGCAAAUGGUGCUGAUGGCCUACUUGCCUCUACCAGCGGCAGUAUAAAGAUAUCUCCUUUGACAGGCCGUGAAGAGAAUAUUCAGGGAGAACAGAGAGCCAACUCUACACGCCGAGGAGCAGGAGGGGUCAGAAAGCUGAUACCAAGUAGAAAAAUAAACAUACCAAAGACUGAAACAAGCCUCUCUAGUCCAUCGCAGGAAAACAGUAAGCCUGACUUGCCAACCAGAACUUCCACUGGUUCCCUUAGUUCCCUAAGCUCCCUCAAUGUCCUGGCAAGCUUUGCAGGGAAGAACCGUGUCCUUGUCAUUUCUGCCCCCCAUGACUCAGAUGGUUACUACCGCCUGAUGAUGAGCCUGCUCAAGCCUGACGUCCGCUGUGAGAUGGCAGAGCGCCACAUGCAGCAGAUUGUCAUGUUCCACCAAGAAGGGGGUAAGGGUGGAAGGGUAAGUCGCAUCACCAGCCGGGGGGAGGUCUUGGAGCAACCGCUGGACCCAAUCCUCAUCCCCAGGCUGAUGAACUUCCUGAAACUGGAGAAUGGAAAGUUUGGCAUGGUUCUCCUCAAGAAAAACCUCCUUGUAGAGGAGAGGUACCCGUACCCUGUCAGGAUGGAAGCGAUGUAUGAGGUGAUUGACCAGACCCCCAUGCGUAAGCUGGAGAAGGCCAGGCAGAAGGGCUUUGUGCAGAGGUGUAAGAUGGCUGGUGUGGAGGGUCAAGUGAUUGAGUCUGAAGGGACGGUGGUGACAGGAUCUAAUCCUAGAGAGAAUAUGACAGUGCAGAGGGUGCCGGAGAGGAGAGGAGGGGAGAGACCAGCUAAGGGACAAAAUGCCAAGGAUUUGACAGCUACCAUGAGCAACAGGACAAAAGCAAUUAUGAAAAUACAAACCACUAUCACAAAACCUACGACAACCGCAAAACCUACUACAACAGCAAAAUCUACGACAACCACAAAACGGACAACAACCACAGCGAGAACCACAACCACGGCGAGAACAACUGCAGCUGGCACCCUACCUUUAACUACAUCCACUACCAACCCCACCACAACCAUGCAUACUACCUCUUAUCCUAGAACGACACCUCAAGGGAACCUGGCUCCUCCCUCCAUUGGUGAAUCCCCCUAUGUCCCCUCCGUCAACCGCAAAAUGAUCAGAAACCAGCUGACUGUCAAACCAACGUCCCAUCCCUUAACUGAGCCUCAUAACUUCACAGAGUCCAUUAAAGAGAACCAAAACCAACAUGGAGAAACAACAGAUCCCAAGGACAGCCGACAUGCUGGCACCCGUGCAACUCAACUCACCCGUGAAGAUAAAGAGGAUCUGGCUAGCCAGUCCAGUGUUUCUUCCUCCAAGAAGGUUAAGCUUGGGCUCGACAGUGCAGAGAGGAAGAAAAAGACAGAUAAAGCAGUCAAAAAGAAAGCAGACAAGAAGAGGAUCAAGGUUGCCAAAGAGGAGGAGGGCAACAUCCGUGUCAGAAAGCCUGGGAAAAAAGGUGCCCUGUUCCAGGAGAAAGUGAGUGGUGAUAAGCUGGCUGCCAAACAACCAAGUGCCAUGGAGCCGUUAGCUUCCUUUCUCAGUUCCUUUGAAAGGAGGAGACGACUACUUGUCAUCACUGCUCCCAGUGAAGACAAUCGCAUGUACACUCAACAGAGAGAUGAGUACCUAGAGCAAGUGUGUGAGAUGGCCAUCCGAAAAAUCUCUAUCAUCAUCAUUUUUGGCACUUGGAACAAUGGCACCAUGAAAAUAGAUCACUAUCAAUUGGAGCAAGAUCAACCUUUGAAGGGUGUACCAAGAGAUGACCUUACAAGCCAGCCACUUAUCAAAGCACUGAGGAAGGAACUGGGAAUGACAUUUAACGACUAUUACAUGGUGCUGACUGACUUUGAUAUGAAAGUUAAGCAAGAAUAUGAAGUGCCCAUUGCCAUGAAAGCUGUGUUUGACUACAUAGACACGUUCUCCUCACGGAUCAAGGAAAUGGAGCAACAGAAAAAGCAAGGUUUGACCUGCAAGAGUGAAGACAAAUCUAGAUCCUUAGAGAACUUCCUUUCCAGGUUUCGCUGGAGGCGGAGGCUAUUUGUGAUGUCAGCUCCUGAGGUUGACGACUGGGCCUAUCAGCAGCAGCUCUACACCCUGACCAGUCAGGCCUGCAAUCUGGGGUUGCGUCACAUGUCUGUGCUGAAACUGGUUGGGAAGAACAUUGACGACAUGGGCGGAGUCUUGGAGCUCUAUCCUAUCAAUGGAAGCGCUACAGUUGAACGGCAGGACCUCUCUGCCUCGCUGGUAAAAGAUGUCAGGAACUACUUCCAGAUCAGUCCUGAGUACUUCUCAAUGCUCCUGGUUGGGAAGGACGGCAAUGUGAAGUCCUGGUAUCCUUCUCCAAUGUGGUCCAUGUCUAUCAUGUAUGACUUGGUGGACUCCAUGCAACUUCGCCGACAGGAGAUGGCCAUUCAGCAGUCUCUGGGCAUGCGCUGCCCUGAGGAUGAGUAUGAUCACCAUGGCAGGGAUCAAGAUGGGUACCACCAUAGAGGAUAUGGUUACUAAAGAUGUGAAAAGCACGUUACUUAAAAAAAUAAUCUGUGUCCAAUCAGUACUGAGAUGAUUUUCCAUUGGUGGUAUCUGUACAGCAUUGCUUGCUUUUGUUAUUUGAUAAAAAGUGCUGUUACGUAGAUUUAAUUUUGUCAAUUAUUUCUUUUUGCUUUUGUCAUGUUGGUCUUUUUAUGUUUCUCUUUUAACAAUUAAAGGUUUAAAAUGUCAAAAUCUG